AUGGCAGCCGACGAGAGGGACUACAACCUGACGGAGGAGCAGAAGGCUAUCAAAGCCAAAUACCCACCGCUCAAUAAGAAGUAUGAAUAUUUGGAUCACACAGCAGAUGUGCAGCUACAUGCCUGGGGAGACACUUUGGAGGAAGCAUUUGAGCAGUGCGUCAUGGCCAUGUUUGGCUACAUGACUGAUACAGAGACCGUGGAACCUGUGGAUACCGUAGAGGUAGAGGCAGAAGGACAUGACAUGUUGUCUCUUCUCUUCCACUUCUUGGACGAGUGGCUGUAUAAAUUCAGUGCUAAUGAGUUCUUUAUACCCAGAGAGGUGAAAGUGCUUUACAUUGACCGAAUGCAAUUCAAAAUAAGAUCAAUUGGGUGGGGAGAAGAGUUCUCUUUACCCAAACACCCUCAGGGCACAGAGGUCAAAGCCAUAACUUACUCAGCAAUGCAGAUCUGUGAAGAUGAAAAGCCAGAAGUCUUUGUCAUCAUUGAUAUUUAAAGCAAGAAAAGUGUGGUCAAGUGGAUUCUUGUCAUUGGCUGGCAAAAGUCUCUUGAAAACUGUAAUCCCCAUGGAAGUAACUAAGGAAUUGGCCAAUUCAAGUCAUAAAUUGAAGGGAGGAAUUGCGGGGAAUG